AUCAUUUAUAUAUACGUCCGUUUUUAUUCAAUAAAUUCUUUAAAAAAAGAUGAGCCUUGCUCCUGCAGCUCUAAUUCACAAAAAGAGAAAAUUAUUCUUAGGAAUAGAUGGACCUGUUGGCUAUGUUCCUGGAGCUGGCAGAGGAGCUACAGGGUUUACCACACGUUCUGACAUUGGUCCUGCGCGAGAAGCGAAUGAUAUAUCAGAUGAAAGGCAUGCUCCACCUGUCAAAAAAUUACUUCCUGGAAUGGCUAAGCCAGAAGAAGAGAAAGAUGAAGAAAAUGAAGAAGAAGAUUUAAAUGAUUCUAAUUAUGAUGAGUUUGCCGGAUAUGGUGGUAGCUUAUUUGCCAAAGGGCCUUAUGAGAAAGAUGAUGAAGAAGCAGAUGAAAUUUAUUAUUCUGUUGAUUUACGAAUGGAUGAAAGAAGAAAAGAAAGAAGAGAAGCUAAAUUUAAACGUGAAAUUGAAAAAUUUCGUCAAGAAAGGCCAAAAAUUCAACAACAAUUUUCAGAUUUGAAACGCCAACUCUCUUUGGUAAGUGAAGAGGCCUGGUCCGAUAUCCCAGAAGUUGGUGACGCCCGCAACAAAAGAAAACGGAAUCCGCGGGCCGAAAUCUAUACGCCCGUACCUGAUACAGUUAUUGGCGGACCGGGUGGGUCUGGCACAUCCGCUAACCCGAACACUACCUUAGAUCCUUUGCAACAAAGGUAUGGUGGAUUUACUACACCCUUUCCUGGCUCCUAUGGUGGUGCUAUGACCCCCUUUGGAAGUGGAGCCAUGACCCCAUUCGGUGCUGGCGCAAUGACACCUUUUGGAACUAUGACACCCUCCGGGUUGAGGAAUGGGGAUUUGGACCUAAGAAGAAUAGGCCAAGCUCGAAAUGCACUUAUGGAUAUCAAACUCACUCAGGUUUCUGACAGUGUUAGUGGUCAAACUGUAGUAGAUCCCAAAGGUUAUCUCACAGACCUUCAAAGCGCUCUACCCACUUUUGCAGGUUUCUUCGAUGUAAACGACGUUAAGAAAGCCCGAUUACUGCUCAAAUCAGUUAGAGAGACGAAUCCUAAGCAUGGACCAGCUUGGAUAGCUAGUGCCAGACUCGAGGAAGUGGCCGGGAAGCUUCAAACUGCUAGAAACAUAAUGGGAAGAGCCUGUCAGAGCUGCUCAACUAGUGAGGAUGUUUGGCUUGAAGCUGUUCGAUUGCAACCAUCAAGCGGUGCCAAAAAAGGUGGCGGAGGGAGUUCAGAUGCCAAAGCACUUAUAGCGAACGCGGUUAGGCACAUCCCGCAAAGUGUUAAGCUUUGGAUCAAGGCCGCCGAGCUGGAAGAAGAAAUCCCGGCCAAAAAGAGAGUUUUCAAAAAGGCUCUCGAACAAAUCCCCAAUUCCGUCAAGUUAUGGAAGCGCGCAGUUGAGCUUGAAGAGGACCAAGAGGACGCCAAGGUAAUGUUGAGUCGAUCUGUCGAAUGCUGCCCUCAAAGCGUGGAUCUUUGGUUGGCUCUUGCCAGACUUGAAUCUUACGAAAAUGCUAGAAAAGUUCUGAACAAGGCCAGAGAGAAUAUUCCCACCGAUCGAAGUAUAUGGAUAACUGCCGCCAAGCUGGAAGAAGUCAAAGCUAGAGAGCCAAAAGAUUCCAAUGCCGAAACCGAAAAAGAGAAGACCGAGAAAGAUCCCGCCAAAAAAAGCAUGGCAUGGAAGAUUAUAGAAAGAGCCAAAAUAUCCCUUAGCGCCAAUGCCGUUGAGAUAAACCGGGAUCAAUGGAUUCAGGAUGCGGUUAACGCGGAUAUAUCCGGCUAUCCAGAAACUGCAAGGGCCAUAAUCGACCAAGUGGUUCAAAUGGGAGGGAUUUCCUUGCCCACCAUAUCCGCCAUACCCGAGGACCAAAAUACCGAAAAAGAUGGGGCCGAACAAGAAGGCGACUAUGUGCGCGACGGGCUUCUCGAAGAUGCGGAAGCGUGCGAAACCAAGGGGGCCUACGAAUGCGCGCGCGCUAUUUACGCUCACGUGCUGCUUCGAUUUGGUAAAGAUGGGAAAGAGGCCUGGCUUCGGGCUGCCCAUUUCGAAAAACAUUACGGGACUAGAGAGUCACUCGACGCUCUUCUCGAUAAGGCUGUCGAAAAUUGUCCCAGAGCCGAAACGCUAUGGCUCAUGAACGCCAAACACAAAUGGCUUAAUAUGUCCAAUCCCGCUAACCCUAACGUCUCAGUGGAAGCUGCCAGGGAUGUUCUUUCUAAGGCCUUCCGAUUCAACCCGAACAGUGAAGAUAUUUGGCUAGCCGCCGUGAAACUCGAAUCAGAAACCGGUCAUUUUGAAAGGGCCCGUAAACUGCUCAAUCGAGCCCGCACAUCCGCUCCCACUCCGAGGGUUCUCGUCAAAUCGGUCAAGUUGGAGUGGGGCGCCAUGCAAAAUUUGGAAAACGCCUUGCAGCUCAUAAAUGAUCCCAGUUUUGCCGUUAGAUUUGAGGGAUUUGAUAAGAUAUGGAUGAUGAAGGGUCAAAUAUAUGCGCAGAUGAAAAAAUUUGUAGAAGCCAAGGAGGCUUACACCGAAGGGAUCAAAAAAUGUCCCACAUCCAUACCUCUCUGGGUCCUAAGUGCCAAGCUCGAAGAAACCAAUGGUCAAGUUAUCAAGGCUAGGGCCAUCAUGGAAAAGGCCAGACUCAGGAAUCCUGCUAACGAAGAUUUAUGGCUGGAGUCUAUCAGGGCGGAACUUAGGGCCGGUAACAAGGAUUUCGCGGAUUCUUUGAUGGCUAAAGCAAUGCAAGAAUGUCCCAACAGUGGUAAGUUAUGGGCAGAAUCUAUAUUCAUGGAAUCCAGACCUCAUAGAAAGACCAAAAGUGUCGACGCCCUUAAACGUUGCGAACAUGAUGUUAGAGUUCUCUUGGCCGUUUCUAAAUUAUUUUGGUGCGAAAGGAAACUAUCCAAAGCGAAAGAUUGGUUUUAUCGAACGUUAAAACUUGACCAAGACUACGGAGAUACGUGGGCCUAUUUUUACCGAUUUCUAUGCAUGCAUGGUACAGAGGAAGAAAAAGAGGAACUUAUUAAGAGAUGCGUAAAAGCUGAACCUCAUCACGGUGAAAUUUGGUGUUCUGUUUCCAAGGAUAUCAGUAAUUGGAAGCUUAAGACUCCGGAAAUAUUAAUUAAAACUUCAGAAAUAUUGGAAAUACCUAAAUAAUCUUUUUUUUUUAUUAAUUUAUAAUUUAUUGUAAAUUUUGGUGUAUAUUUUUUAUUAUUAUUAUUUAAAUUGUGUAAUAUAACAUUAAUUGUUAUCAUUGAUUGUUGAGAAACCCUAUAU